GUUGCGAUGUAAUUAUUACCUUCGGCAAAUACUUAUGUUUCUGUUCUUCCGUGCCAUUCCUGUGAAUCUGAUUGAUACACAAGUUCGAAUGCGCGCCAUAACUGAGUCCUAUAGAUCCCGACGCUCUGCUCAACUCUUCCAUGAUAAUCACAUGAUCCAAGUAUGUCCCAUCUGUCCCGCCAUAUUCCGGUCGCACCGUAAUUCCCAGUAAUCCUAAGUCUCCCAAUUUCCUCCAGAACAGUCGAAGAUCGUCGAAGUUGUUCUUCCGGUCGAUCUCGGCGGCCUUCGGCGCAAGCUCCUUUUGUGCGAAAUCAAAAGUCAACUGCCGCAGCUGUUUGAAACAGAAUAUUGUUUCUCGUUAAUAUCAGUAUAGAUGUACGGUUGAUUAUCGUUUGAAACAACAGAACAGAGACAUUGAGUCUAAUUACAAGAUGAGCAUAUGACACACGUUGUUGAAAGAGAGCCGGACGGAGAAAAGGUUAAAAGCAAUGUGUGAGUGAAACGAUUUUCUAGGAAGUUUUUAUGUUGGUUGUUUACACAACAACGUUGCAUUAAAUAUAUAUGAAAAAAUGGGUGAAAUGAAAUUCGGUACCCAUGACGGAAUUAAGUCCGAACAAAAAUAUAAUGCAGUAGUAAAGCAGAUACAGGAUAAAUGGAAGCUAGUUCCUGCUUUCUUGAAAGGAAAAGGUCUUGUAAAGCAACAUAUUGAUUCUUUUAAUUAUUUUAUAAAUGUAGAAAUAAAGAAAAUAGUAAAAGCAAAUGAGAAAGUACUAAGCGAUGCUGAUCCUUUAUUCUAUGUAAAAUAUUUAAAUGUACAUGUUGGUACACCAGAUGUAGAGGAAGGUUUCAAUGUAACACGUUCUACAACUCCACAUGAAUGUCGAUUGAGAGAUUUAAAUUAUUCUGCUCCAAUUACGGUAGAUAUUGAAUAUAUCAGAGGACAUCAACCAAUAAUUAGAAAUAAUUUAUUGAUUGGAAGAAUGCCUAUUAUGUUAAGAAGCUCAAAUUGUGUAUUAAAUGGAAAAUCCCAUUUUGAAUUAGCGAAAAUGAAUGAAUGUCCACACGAUCCAGGUGGUUAUUUUAUAAUAAAUGGACAGGAGAAAGUAAUUCUUAUACAAGAACAAAUGUUGAGGAACAGAAUUAUUUUAGAGGAAGAUAACAAAGGCUGUAUUGUAGCAUCUUGUAACAGUUCUACUCAUGAAAGAAAAACAAAAACAAAUAUUGUAGGCAGAGCAGGCAGAUAUUACAUGAGACACAAUAUAUUUCAGGAUGAUAUACCAGUGACAAUAAUCUUUAAAGCAAUGGGAAUAGUAAGUGAUCAAGAAAUUAUGCAACUUAUUGGUACAGAAGAAGAAUUUAUGAAAAAGUUUGCACCUAGUUUAGAGGAGUGCCAUGUUUUAAAUGUCUUUGCUCAAAAUCAAGCAUUAAGAUACCUUAGUAACAAAAGAAAACAAAAAAGGUAUUCGGUAAUAAAAGCUAGUGUCACAGAUGAAAUGAAGGAUAUACUCGCAACUAAUGUUUUGUCACAUGUUCCUGUAGUAGACUUUAAUUUUAAAAUGAAAGCAACAUAUAUUGCUUUAAUGAUCCGUAAGGUCAUGAAAGCCCAGUCUGAUGGCAAACUUGUGGAUGAUCGAGAUUAUUAUGGUAAUAAGAGACUGGAAUUGGCUGGUUCCUUAUUGUCUUUGAUGUUUGAAGAUUUAUUUAAAAGAUUUAAUUGGGAGUUAAAACAAAUUGCUGACAAGAACAUCCCAAAAAUUAAAGCUGCACAAUUUGACAUUGUAAAACAUAUGAGACAGGACCAAAUUACAAAUGGAUUAGCUUUUGCUAUAUCUUCUGGCAAUUGGACCAUCAAACGAUUCAGAAUGGAACGUCACGGUGUGACUCAAGUGCUGUCUAGACUGUCUUAUAUUUCGGCACUAGGUAUGAUGACAAGGGUUAACUCACAAUUCGAAAAAACUAGAAAAGUAUCUGGUCCACGAUCUCUGCAACCAUCACAAUGGGGAAUGCUGUGUCCUAGUGAUACUCCUGAAGGAGAAGGUUGUGGUUUAGUUAAAAAUUUGGCUCUCAUGACGCAUAUUACCACAGAAAUUGAUGAGGAACCAAUUGUGAGAUUAGCAUUCAAUUUAGGAGUGGAAAAUGUUAAUAUUCUUGGAGGAGAAGAGAUCAAUAAUAGACAUGUUUAUAUGGUUUUUUUAAAUGGUAAUAUUCUGGGAAUAGUCAAGAACUAUCAGAGACUGGUAAAUGUUUUCCGAUUGCUACGUAGAAAUGGCCUCAUAAAUGGCUUUGUCUCCAUAUAUACCCAACAUCAGCAUAGAUGCAUUCAAAUCAGUUCUGAUGGAGGGCGGUUAUGUAGACCAUAUAUUAUUGUGCAAAACGGGCAACCCCUUGUACAAGAAGAGAAUAUAAAAUUACUCGAGCAAGGUGUACGGAGUUUUGAGGAUUUUUUACAAGAGGGUUUGAUCGAGUACUUAGAUGUAAACGAAGAAAAUGACAGUUCCAUUGCAUUCAAUGAAUCGCACGUUACUCAUAAAACAACUCACUUAGAAAUUGAACCGUUCACGUUGCUCGGAGUUUGUGCUGGAUUGGUGCCGUAUCCACAUCAUAAUCAAAGUCCGCGAAAUACGUAUCAAUGCGCUAUGGGUAAACAGGCAAUGGGAACUAUUGGUUAUAAUCAGCGCAAUCGUAUUGACACAUUGAUGUACAAUUUAGUAUAUCCUCAAGCACCUAUGGUAAAGUCUAGAACAAUAGAAUUGAUAAAUUUCGAUAAAUUACCUGCUGGUCAAAAUGCGACGGUAGCUGUCAUGUCGUACAGUGGCUAUGAUAUUGAGGAUGCUCUUAUUUUAAAUAAGGCAUCUAUUGAUAGGGGUUUCGGAAGAUGUUUGAUUUAUCGAAACGCCAAGUGCACUUUAAAGAGAUACGCUAAUCAAACGUACGAUCGGAUAAUGGGUCCAUUGCUAGAUUCAAAUACAAAGAAACCUGUUUGGAAACAUGAUAUUAUUGAUAGCGAUGGCAUUGCUGCACCUGGUGAAAUGGUAGAAAAUAGAAAGGUGAUGGUAAAUAAAUCGUCACCGUCUGCAAAUAUCGGUCCAGUAAACUCUGGCAAUGUACAAACACAGACCGAAUACAAAGAUGUUCCAGUUGUCUUCAAAGGUCCAGUGCCAGCAUAUGUCGAGAAAGUAAUGAUUUCCAGUAAUGCAGAAGAUGCGUUCUUGAUUAAAUUGUUAUUGAGGCAAACCCGCAGACCGGAAAUAGGUGAUAAAUUUAGUAGCCGGCAUGGACAGAAAGGAGUAACUGGUUUGAUCGUGGAACAGGAAGAUAUGCCAUUUAACGAUUACGGUAUAUGUCCUGAUAUGAUUAUGAAUCCGCAUGGUUUUCCAUCCCGUAUGACAGUCGGAAAAUUGAUAGAAUUACUUGCUGGAAAAGCUGGAGUUGUAAAAGGACAAUUCCAUUACGGCACAGCUUUCGGGGGAUCAAAAGUGGAAGAUGUUUGCGAAGAACUAGUAAAGCACGGGUACAAUUAUUUAGGCAAAGACUUCUUUUAUUCUGGAAUCACAGGAGAACCAUUGCAAGCGUAUAUUUAUUCCGGACCAGUAUAUUAUCAAAAAUUGAAGCACAUGGUUCAAGAUAAAAUGCACGCCCGUGCUCGUGGUCCAAGAGCAGUAUUAACGCGUCAACCAACCGAAGGGCGUGCAAAAGAGGGGGGUUUACGUUUAGGCGAGAUGGAACGCGAUUGUUUGAUCGGAUACGGUGCAAGCAUGAUGUUGAUAGAACGGCUUAUGAUAUCUAGCGAUGCGUUCGACGUAGACGUAUGCAACAAGUGUGGCCUGAUGGCAUAUAGCGGCUGGUGUCACAGUUGCCGUUCCAGUUCAUGCGUUUCCACAAUUUCUAUGCCUUACGCUUGCAAAUUACUUUUCCAAGAACUUCAAUCUAUGAAUAUCGUACCCCGUUUAACAUUAAAAAAUUAUUGCGAGUAAUUUAUACAUUUUCAAAUAAGGAUUAGAAAUUACUAUAACUUAUAUAUGUAAAUAUAUUUUUUAUACAUAUAACUUCAAUAUUUAAUUUAACAUUUUUCUGAUUUAAAGAGGUUCAGCAAGUAGAUGCACUUCCGGAUUUUCUAUGUGUUUCCUGCUUUGUAUUAAGCGUAAUUCAAUUUUUCUUGCAGGCUGUGAUUCCUCGUCUUGGCAUUCUAAUGAACAUUUAUAAAAAGGGUUAUUUUUUGUAUACUUUGCUUGAAAAUAUAAUUUAAAAUAUUUAAAAUGAAACAGUACUGUUUGAAAGUUCAAAAGUUUUGAGUAAGACACUGUGUAAAGUGUUCACAGUUUUCGCAAAGGCGUCUUCCAUAUUAUCUUGCAAGUACGUAUGAGCCAAAAAUAACGCGGCGAAAAGGUCUCCCGAACCAGUAAAAUUAGUUGGUAUUUUUGGAAUAUCAAUUUUUAUUAAUGAAUUAUCUGAAAUCAAAUUAGAUUUAUUUAUAGACAUUCACUAUGGUUGGUAUACUGUUAUGUAUUUUUGAAGUCAUAUUGAUUAAUUCAUUACCUUUUGCUGUGCUGCUUAUUGCUGUCAAUUUACCAUUAAUUUCUGUUGAUGAAACACUUAUUAUUUUAGGGCCAGCUUGAUGUAACUUUUUUAUAGCAUAUUUCAAUUCAUUUAUUGUGCUUAUAUUUACAUCAGUUAGCAACCUAAAAUUAUUAAUAUUUCGUUACUUCUGUUUUUAUUUAUCUUUGGUGAAGUUAUAAUAAUAAUAUUGAAUGUACUCUAAUUCAUAUUGAUUUGGCACUAUAAUAUCAGCUAGUGGUACUAUCUCUGUCUUGUAAAUUUCUUUUAAUGCUUCAGGAACAUACAUUUUUCCAUUGUCACCCAUAACAGGAUCACAAACUUUAACAAAAACAGUCAAUAGUUAAUAUAACUUGAAUAUCAUUUUGAUAUCUUAUAUUUACCAUAUAUAAGAUUAGGAUUCUUUUGUUUUAAAGCUUGAAUUACUCCUGUAACACUUUUCAAGAAGGAAACAGAACCAAUAUAUCCAGUGAG